CGGCUGCCGGAGCCGUGCCCGCCGUGCGGGAGCGAGGGGCGCACGGGCGGGGGUCUGGGCUGCGGUGCCCGGCGGGUGACAGCCCCUCCGGCACCUGCGGCCGCGGGUUCGGCCGAGCGCGGGGUUCACUGGCCUUGGCCUCCAGCCGUUUCCGCCUCAGGCCCCCCCGGGGGGACGAGCCCCGGGCCCGGUACCCACCCCGGGCCGGUACCCACCGGGCCGGUACACACACCGGGCCGGUACCCACACCGGGCCGGUACCCACCGGGCCGGUACACACACCGGGCCGCCAUGGCCGGCGUGGCGGGACGAGCCCCUCUGGGGCUGCGGCGCUGGCUGAGCUCCCCGGCCCCGGGGCCCCGCGUCUGCGUGGUGGGCAGCGGCCCCGCCGGCUUCUACACGGCUCAGCACAUCCUCAAGCACCACGGCGGGGCCCAGGUGGACAUCUAUGAGAAGCUGCCAGUUCCCUUUGGGCUCGUCCGUUUUGGGGUGGCCCCAGACCACCCCGAGGUGAAGAACGUGACCAAGACCUUCACGCAGACGGCGCGCUCGGAGCGCUGCGCCUUCCACGGCAACGUCACGGUGGGCAGGGACGUGACGGUGGCAGAGCUGCAGCAGGCUUACCAUGCUGUGGUGCUGAGUUACGGUGCUGAAGAUAACCGGGUCCUGGGGAUUCCAGGAGAGAACCUCUCUGGUGUCUAUUCAGCCCGGGAGUUCGUGGGCUGGUACAACGGGCUGCCCGAGAACAGGGACCUGAAGCCUGACCUGAGCUGUGAGACAGCACUGGUGCUGGGUCAUGGCAACGUGGCGCUGGAUAUUGCCCGGAUCCUCCUGUCCCCGCUGCAGCUCCUCAGGAAGACAGACAUCACUGACAGCUCCCUGGCAGCUCUCUCCUGCAGCAAGGUGAAGCGUGUCUGGCUGGUUGGGAGGAGGGGACCUCUCCAAGUUGCUUUUACUAUCAAGGAGCUGCGGGAGAUGAUAAACCUGCCUGGUGCCAGACCUGUCCUGAACCCUGCUGACUUCACAGGCCUUGAAAAUGCUGUCAAAGAUGCCCCCAGGCCCAGGAAGCGACUGACUGAGCUGAUGAUCAACACAGCCCUGGAGAAGCCUGGGAAGAAGAUGAUGGAGGAGCAGGCAGCAGCCCCCCGGGAGUGGGGGCUGAAGUUCCAGCGCAGCCCCCAGGAAGUUCUGCCCAGCGCUGACGGGCAGCGGGCGAGGGGCGUCCGCCUGGCCCUGACCCGCCUGGAGGGCUCAGGUGACUCUGCCAAAGCCAUCCCCACUGGAGCCAUGGAGGAGCUGGAGUGUGGGCUGGUGCUCAGCAGCAUUGGCUACAGGAGCUUGCCCCUGGACCCAGCAGUACCCUUUGACACCCAACAUGGCAUUAUCCCCAACAGCUCGGGCAGAGUCCAGGGUGUCCCAGGUCUGUACUGCAGCGGGUGGGUGAAGAGAGGACCCACAGGUGUGAUCAUCACCACCAUGAACGACAGUUUUGACACUGCCCAGUCUGUGCUGGAGGAUCUCCAGGUGGGCGUGCUGGAUGUGUCCUCUUCCAGAGAAGGCUUUGGGGCUGUGAAGAGCCUCCUGCACAGCCGAGGGGUCCGUCCUGUUUCCUUCUCAGACUGGGAGAAGAUAGAUGCUGCUGAAGUGGCAAGAGGCAAAGCUGCUGGCAAACCCCGUGAGAAGAUAGUGGAUCCUCAGGAGAUGCUGCAGCUGAUCAGUCACUAAAGCAGCAGUGAUGGGGGUGUGGUGCUGGCCCAGCUGGUGCUGUCCUGGGACAACCAACACCUUGCAGGCAGGGCCUGGGAGCACAGGGCUUGUUUCUGGGGCUGGUGGUCACUCUGGGGAGGUGUGUGACUCUUGAGCCUCUCUAGUAACCAUGGAUUCUGGGUUCGCCAAGUGAGUGUUUCAGAACAUCUGAGGCUGCUGGGCUGGCCCCACAUCUCUGCAGCCCCUGGGGUGGUUCUUGUCCUUCGGGUCCUUUGAGCAUGAACAAAGUGGCUGUAGCAGGUGAGGGGAGAUGUGCACCUGGCAGGAGGCCUGGCCAGACACACAGAUAAACUUCCUUGUGUCUUGCUGCUUCCCCUUGAAGCCUCAAGCCAAAUGGCUGUGCCUUGUCCUUCAUGCCUGGGCGGACUUCUUUUAAUAAUUGUUUUUUUAAAUAAACCCUGCUGGGAAAGCCAAAUCAGA